CUUACAAUUUGUCGGCAUAAGUAAUUAUAAAGCACAAUAAUAAUCCAAGAUUGACAGAAAUAUGUGAAUGACACUGCUAAAGUUACUCCAAAACCUCCAGACUUUGGUGACUAAGUCAAUUAAAUGAAAUUAAGGGUAGCAAGGAAGACAGAAAAAAUUCAUUAAAGUUCUAACGUACACACAACUUCUUGAGAGUAUAUUAGAUGACUCAAGAUCAUUGUAUUUUUCUCCAGUUCAACUUAAUUUAUAUUACAACUAAACUUCAUUAUCAUAAGUAUAUCCAAAAUCAUUGCAAGCAUCUAAUAAUGAUCAAAAAGAAAUAGCUCUUAAAAAUCCUAGUAUCUUUCAAGGCCAAUGAUUAAUCAUUCGGAAUGAUUCCAAGUGUAAAUAUACCGGUCUCUAAUUAAAUCUUGUUGAUUCUCAUGAAAACAUUAAAAUAAUACACUUGUAUACAUUCCCAUGGUUUCAUUCGAACCUUAAUCCAAUUAAGUGAAAUAAUCUAUAUACUAUUUCAAUAUCCAGUCGUGUAGAACGACUGACAUAGAAUCUCGAAUUCCUGGCAAUUCUAGUUCUACCUCACAGGAUAAACUCAGAAAAAAAAAAUACCUCUUACGUCAUAGUCAAAUUGAAAUACCAGUUCUCAAUGGAUGGUUUUGAUGAAUUUAUUUUCUUUGGGAAGUAGGAAGUAGAUAAGUCAUCACCAAAAAAAAAAAUAAAAUGCUGAUGCAUCGUUAACUUGUGCACCUGUGACUGUGAGAGCGUUGGAGUGUAUAUAGAGUUCAGUGUAUUUUGAUUGCCAGGGGCUGACCUUGAGGUAAAGGGAGGUAUUGAGAGGGGUUGAAAGGGAGGCAAGUUGAGUUUCGUAGCCCCUCAGGAUAAUUCCCCUCUCAGCAGCAGGCACAGAAUCAAUAGAAAACAUUACAUUGCGUGGAUGCUAUUCGAUUAAACAGGACGUGGAUUCUUCCCAACGACACCACUGACACUAUAAUCUUGAUCAACUAUUUCCUUUAAUCAGUGAAUUCUUGAUUGAAAAAGUGCACCAGUGCAUAAACGUGACCAGUGUUGAGUUAAUGAAAAAAUAAAAAACCACAAUUGAAAGAAUAUUAUUCCAAGUAGAAAAAAAAAAAUGGUUUCGUGCUCACUGAAAAGGCAAAUUAUUUUGGAGUAUUCUAUUUAAAAGAUGAAGUCUAAUACUUAUAUCUAUCAGAGCAAUAUGCUCUUCAUGAUCCUACUUGUUAUCACACUUGCUUCCGGCGACAGUAGUGUUCGUAUAUACUCCAAGCUUCAUCAGCCUGUGACUUCUAGCACACUUAAUUGGCUCCCUAUUGCUCACCGUGAUGACUCCAAAGAGAUUGUUAUCGGUGGAUUUCAGAAAACCAUAAAAGAUGGAAUGAAUUCAAAAGACUCCGACAGUUCUGUAGAGAAUGAAGAGCAACCAGUGUUUGUCUGUCGAGUGUUAUAUGGUGGUGUAUGGGUGGCUGGAAGUCAAAUAAAAGGAAAGAAACAAUGCACCGUUACACUUCUAGGCAGCACUUCUACUCAUGACCAGUAUUACUUGCUAGAAAAUGUCGAGAAUUCAGCAAGAUUGAGGUGGCUUGCAUGGGAUAAAUUUCAUAAAAUUCCUGUAGGAACAGUUCUUGUAUCUGAUGGAGCAGACGGGAAAUUCAUUGCAAGACAUGUUGUCUCUAAUAAACAAGAAGAUAAUAAUGAAACUGACUCAACCUACACCCACUACAUUGGCACACUUGAUACUACAAUUGGACUUGGGAAAAUAAAUUACGUUAAAAAUAAUGGAGAAGAAGGAUCUGCUGUGGUUGGUGAAAUCCUAGUUGAAAGUGAGCCCAUAUUUUAUGAUUUAACAUCAGUGAAAUUAAAUUAUUGGCGUAAGAGAACUCUGAAGAAUGAGUCUCAAAUACUUGGAACUAUUACUAUUAGUAAUAAUCGUGAUGAACCAGCCAAACUAGCCCAGGCCUUCAGUUAUGACUAUGAGUACUUGAGUUACUGGGGACAGGGUCAUGCAAUGAUCAAAGCUCUAAAUACGUCCAUUACACUUGUCAAUGGUACAAGGUUACCUAAUAUUGAAUGGGGUUUGAGAGAGCAGGGCAAUCGUACUGAUUUAUACACGGUCGAAAUUUAUCUUGAAGCAAGGACAGCUGUUAAUGUUACACUCAGGGCCAACUAUGUAGACAUGGAGGUACCAUACAUGGGGAAACUAGUGUCUCACUAUGAAGACCGAGAGACUAGGUCUAGGGAAAUAAGUGGAAUACGAAGGGAACAAACGAUGAUGAACGUCAGACCAGAAUUCAGUCCUAUUUAUUUUAUAAAUAAUCAAAGUAUCGUCCCAACAACAUUGAGCCCACCAACCUCACAUAUGACCACCAUCACAGUUACUCAGAAAAAAAUAAGCACUUCAAGUGUCAGCGUUGUAAGUAGCAGUAGCACAAGUCAUUCUGAUAGUAUUAGUAAAACAACACUCUCUGGUACAACAUCAGACAUAGUUAAAGACGACUUUGAUGAAAAUUCAAUUAUCCCUCCAAGAAAAACUGACAAUUCAAUGCAAAAUGAUGAUAGAGGACCAUUGUCAUUAAAGAACAAAGAAGAGUCAGCUUCUGACUUUUCUAAUAUAGCUGAACUAAGUAUUGUAGUAUUUUUAACAUCCAUUUUUGCAAGUAUUUUUAGGAUUACGUGAAGAGACUAAUUUAUUUGUCAUUAAUUAGAAUUCUAUUGAAAUAAUUGAAAAAUAAUGUAAUUUAAAUCCAUGGUAAUAUUUUCAUUGUU